CCCCCCUUCUCUCUUCCUCCUCCUCCUCUUCCUCCUCCUUCUCCUCCUCCUCUUAACUUGGCCAGGGCGGCGCGGGGCGGUGCGCUUCGCCCUGCGCCGGCGACGGGGGAUGUGCGGGCGGCGGCGGGAUGGCUUCGGCCGUGUUUGAGGGCACCUCGCUGGUGAACAUGUACGUGCGGGGCUGCUGGGUGAACGGGAUCCGGCGGCUCAUCAUCAGCCGGCGGGGCGACGAGGAGGAGUUCUACGAGAUCCGCACCGAGUGGUCGGACCGCAACAUCCUCUACCUGCACCGCAGCUACUCUGACCUCGGCCGCCUCUUUAAGCGGCUCCUCGACUCCUUCCCUGAGGACCGGCCCGAGCUGUCCCGCUCCCCUUUGCUCCAAGGGCUCAUCACAAUAAAAGAAGCCCAUGAUAUAGAAGCCAGACUUAAUGAAGUGGAAAAGCUUCUGAAGACUAUUAUAAACAUGCCCUGGAAGUAUUCAAGGUCUGAAGUUGUCCUCACAUUCUUUGAGAGAUCUCCUUUGGACCAAGUUCUGAAAAAUGACAAUGUCCAUAAAAUUCAGCCAAAUUUUCAAAGUCCAGUUAAAAUAUCAGGUUUGAAAGCGUUAGUGACUUUACCUCAGAGCUAGAAGACAGUGAUGAUCCAACAGCUUAUGUCACCAAUUUGACAUACUACCACCUGGUUCCAUUUGAGACUGACAUUCUGGACUGAGACUGCUCAAGGAUGCAGUCAGCCAGCAUCCAGCCAACCUCUUCAUCUAUAGGCUCUGCUAUCUCUGGCAUUGCAACUCUGUGAAUAAGGCUGUGCAGACAAAACCAACAGCAGAGAAGCUGCAGCAAGUACGCCACAAAGCUGAUUUUGUAGUGUGGUCCUCCGUUGUGUAUUAUGGAGACAUCUUGUAAGGAGGUUACUGCUUGGCUGUUGACAACAAACUCGUUUUCUGUGAAAGAAAAGCAGCAGAGGCCUCUUGGGGCUCAAGGAAAUCUCUACCGUGUCUGUGGGAACUACCACUCUGAUGCAGCCAUCAGAAACUUGUGCUGUGGUACUCUGUCAGCUGUGCUCCUCGGCUUGCAGUGCAAUUUGAGGCUUCCUCUUUUAGGAUACCAGCAGAAACUUCC